CAUAUCUGGCUUCACUUUCUCUCAACUCCCUCCUUUUCUCUCCAAGCCUCGGAGUCGGUCGGACAGCAGUCCCAGCUCCCUCAUACCUGCGCAGAGCAUCUAGAGCCGCUUUCCUCCCAACAGGACAGUCGCACUGCACCAAGCUGAGAGGAGCUGACGGAAAAUACUUUUUACAGCCAAGAAGUCAGUCCAUCCUGCAUCAGCUGAAAUGCUGCUGAGCAGAAACCGACAUGUUGAAAUACUUCCACUUCUCGCUGCGGUCUGCAGUCUCACUCUGGCCUUCCCCACCCAAACUCCAUCUGCGUUUGAUGAUGUCCGGCAGCUCCAGGUGAACAUCCCCCACUCAGGUCCGAUUUCCGCCCCACUAGGCAGCUCCAUCUCCAUCCCCUGCUUGGUGUCUCUUUCUUCCACACCCACCUCCUCCUCUUCCUCCCCUGUUGCACCGCGUGUCAAGUGGACUGUGGUGUCCGGUGGGGUGGAGACACAGAUCUUGGUGGCGAGGGGUCAGAGGGUGAAGUUCAACGAAGCGUACCGAGACCGCGCUGCCUGGCUCAACUAUACUUCCUCCCCUGAUGAUCUGUCCCUGUGGUUGGGAGAUUUACGUUCCAGCGACUCGGGUCACUAUCGCUGCGAAGUGCAGCAGGGCCUGGAGGAUGCCAGUGACCUCGUACAACUCAAGGUCAAAGGUGUUGUAUUCCACUAUAGAGAUGCUUUGGGCCGUUAUGCGUUCUCCUUCAAUCAGGCCCAGAGGGCUUGUGAGGCCAUCGGGGCACGAAUCGCCACUCCUGACCAGCUGCUGGCGGCUUAUUAUGACGGCUACGAGCAGUGCGAUGCAGGCUGGCUGGCAGACCAGUCCGUCAGGUACCCAAUCCAAGUUCCCCGUGAAGGUUGUUAUGGAGACAUGGAUGGCCAACCAGGAGUGAGAAACUAUGGGACAAUGGAUCCAGAUGAUCUAUUUGAUGUUUACUGUUAUGUGGAGGAUAUUGAUGGGGAAGUGUUUCAUGACUCCAUCCCACAGCAGUUGUCAUUUUAUGAGGCGCAGUCAUAUUGUGGAGCAGCUGGAGCAGAGCUGGCUACAACAGCACAGCUGUACUUGGCAUGGAGUGAAGGUCUGGACCGUUGCAGCCCUGGCUGGCUGUCCGAUGGCAGUGUACGCUACCCAAUUAUACACCCUAGAGAGCGCUGCGGAGGGCCUCAGCCAGGCGUCAAAACCCUCUACCGCUUCAGCAACCAAACUGGCUUCCCAGAGCCAUCCAGCCUUCAUGAUGUUUAUUGUUUCAGAGAUAAUAGAAAUACUCAUACCGACUCUCCCAUGGACUAUAUGUCCACAGAGCCCGAGGACAUUGGACAAGAUGUUGUUAUACUUACGGAAACAGAUCAAGAGCUGCAACUGAACCAACAUGUACAACAUGUGGAGCUCAAAGCUCAAAGGGUGCUUGAAUCUUUUCGCCUGUACUCCAGUGCUUCCACUGAGGAAAACCUGGUUGACACACACCCAACAGUCAUAACAGAUACAACAGAGUCUUCCCUCAACACCACACCAACAUUAAGCCUCCUCCAGACAUCUGAUGAAACAUCAUCUCCUACAGAAAUGAGCUAUGACUCCCAGCAUACUGUAGCACUGAUGAACAGUACUAUCAGCACCACAGAAACCCACGACUCCACACAAAACAUAUCGUUGCUGUCCAGUGUUUACAAUGAGACAGAUUCCAACCACAACUUGAACUUCACCUUUCACCAGUCUGAGCUUGAAAGCACCACAGGGUUUCCUGAAUCAUCGUAUGAAUCUCAGACACAUACCCAGACAUUUACAGGCACAAAUCUGGAAUUAAAUACACAGCCAACUGAGAGCCCAAAAUAUUCCCAAGAAACACAAGCGACCAACCUGAGUUUUGACACAUCACAAGGCAAUUACAACGAGACAGGCAGCAAUCAUACUCAAGAGGAGAGUUUCUGGGAGGUGACCCUUAUGACCCGUGAUCCCAUGGUUCAGGUGGAGUUGGAGGAGGCAGAAUUAGAAGAUCCUGGGCAGAUUUCUCUCUCAACUCAGGCCUCAGAAGAAGAACUUGUUAUACAACCAACACAAACUACAAAAUCCUCCAAUAAGGAGCUAACCUCAUUGUUGGCCCAUCUGGAUGGGUCUGGAGAUAUUUCUCAAGAGAGUGACCUUGAUGUCAAAGCAGUCAGCUUCAUCUCCACAUCAGAGUCUUCCACUUCAGGUUUCACCACUCACCCAUCACCUUCUGCUUCGGCGAGCGGCGCUCCAGCUGAGUCUCAGACUGCACUCCCCGAUCUGGCGCUCUCGUCUGGUUCACACCAUUCUGACAAACUGAGCUUAGAUAUCCUCUCCACAGCACCACAGUUGUGGGAGUCCUCCAUUUCUAGACAGGAGGGAAGUACAAGCAUAGAAAUGGAAGACACAGUCACUAUGGAAAGUGAAGAAAAACAGCUCCACCCGACAAAGUCUGAAGACAACCUCAUUUCUGGGGUAAGUUUAGCUACCACUGAGUCUCCAGAGGGGUCGAACACCUCUCAGUUGCCUACUGAUCCCACCACGGCACGGUAUCAUACAUCAGGUUACAGAGUGUAUUUGGAUACUUCGACCACUGGGUAUGAAGAGGCAAGUGGACAGGAACCUGGUACAGCUGUUAUAACCCUUGGAGAAGAAUUUAAAUUUGCUCCAACCAUUGAAGAUGAUGUUAAAGUUAGCCCAACUCUUGAAGAGAAAGCUGAAGUUAACCUAACUCUUUACGAGGAAGUUACAGUUGCGCAAACUCUUACCCAUGGAGAAGAAGCUAAUGUUGCCCCAACCCUUGAAGAAGAAGCUGAAGUUGCCCCGACUCUUGCCCUUGAAGAAGAAGCUAAAGUUGCCCCAACCCUUGCUCUUGAAGAAGAAGCUAGCAUUGUCCCAACCCUUGAAGACGAAGCUAUAGUUGCCCCAACCCUUGCUCUUGAAGAAGAAGAUAGCGUUGUCCUAACCCUUGAAGACAAAACUAUAGUUGCCCCAACCCUUGCCCUAGAAAAAGAAGAUAGCAUUGUCCCAACCCUUGAAGACGAAACUCUAGUUGCCCCAACCCUUGCCCUAGAAAAAGAAGAUAGCGUUGUCCCAACCCUUGAAGACAAAACUAUAGUUGCCCCAACCCUUGCCCUUGAAGAAGAAGCUAGCAUUGUCCUAAUCCUUGAAGACGAAGAUAAUGUUGCCCCAACCCUUGCCCUUGAAGAAGAAGCUAGCAUUGCCCCAAGCCUUGAAGAAGAAGCUAGUGUUGCCCCAACCCUUGAAGAAGAAGCUAGUGUUGCCCCAGACCUUGAAGAAAAUGCCACUGUUGCCCCAACCUUUGAGGAAGACUUUACUGUCUUUCCUCUCGAUUCACAAACAUCUAACUGGGCUCUGCUGACCACCACAACUGGACCCCAAGAGUCUCUGAAUGACCUCGAGUCCAGCAGUGAAACCUCCUCAAUGACCUCCACAGCAGCUCCAGAUUCCUCCUCGAGUACAAAACCCACUGCUGCUGCCACGAAGACGACUACCACCACCACAAAGACCACCACACACUGGUCCAGACGCACCUGGAGCCCAACCACCUCUACACCAAAGGUUUUCCACAAGACAGCCGAGCCCAAGAAGGUGACAGCCUUCAUACCACCAGUGGAUCAAGGUCUGGUGGAUGUUGAGUUUAGUCUCACCCAGCCACCCACCCUGCUUAUCUUGCCCAAUGAGAGGGCAGCUGUAGGCGGUACAGGGAAAGCUUCAGAUGCCUGCCUGGGCGACCCCUGUCUCAAUGGAGGCACCUGCACUGACCAAAGUGGGCAGAUUAAAUGUCUCUGUUUGCCAACAUAUGGAGGAGACUUCUGUCAGACAGACUUGGAGCAGUGUGAACCGGGUUGGGAUAAGUUCCACGGUUUCUGCUACCGACACUUCAGCCAGCGUCUGAGUUGGGAGGUCGCAGAGCAGCAGUGCCGUAUGCUGGGAGCCCAUCUGGUGUCCAUCAUGACCCCUGAGGAGCAGAAUUACAUCAACAGCAACUACAAAGAAUACCAGUGGACCGGCUUGAAUGAUAAGACCAUUGAGGAUGAUUUCCGCUGGUCUGACGGCAACCCGCUGCUGUAUGAGAACUGGUACAGAGGGCAGCCAGACAGCUAUUUUCUCUCUGGUGAAGACUGUGUGGUGAUGGUGUGGCACGAUGACGGACGCUGGAGUGACGUACCCUGCAACUAUCACCUUGCAUACACCUGCAAGAAAGGCACCUCCUCAUGCGGUCCACCGCCCAAAGUCCGAAACGCCUCCAUAUUUGGAAAAGCCCGACAGAGAUACGAGACCAGCGCAGUGGUGCGUUAUCACUGCGCUCAGGGUUUCCAGCAGAGACUAAAUCCUCUGAUCAGGUGUCUGUUUGGAGGCAGGUGGGAGAGGCCACAGAUCCUGUGCAUUCCUGAGGCCGGAGGUCCAACCCAACAUCCUGAGGCGACAUCACAGACCAACAGCAACUUUGCCUCCACUGAAGACGAGUUUGAAGCCACUAAAGAGACACUGCAGUACUGGGACAUCAAGUUUUAAAAGUCAGCCACGCUUUCCUUGUCUUCCUUUCUUAAAUUCUGCUGUUGUAACGUGACAAGGUGACAAAGAUCAAAUGCUUUUACCAAUGAACGCUCAAACAGAACAAAAUGAACUACAGACGCAUACAGACACCUGAAGUUUUCCUCUCAGCCUGAGUGCACAGACAGGCUAAGUUUUCUUUUGAGGGAGUUAAAUGUUCCUACUUUUUUAAUGUCCUUAAGAAUAUUUUCCACUGUACAGAGUUUCAUGUUGUGACUAGCAGAUAUUAAAGUGAAAGAAAUACAGUAAAUGUGUGAACUCAUGUCAGCUCCAAAUCUUCAUUACAGUAAAGACAGUUAUUUGUGGUUCUUUAUAUAAAAUGGUGCUAAUGUCUUCCAGGACUUUGUAUCCAACAGAGGUUUAGUUUUCUGUGUGUGUAGGAGUAAAGUCCUUACUUUUUCAAAGAAUCUUAACAACUCCAAAGCACAAAGUCAAUCUUAACAAAUAGUCAAUAAAUAUUGUACAUAUAUUAGUUUACACACCUGUGAUUGCUGUCCGCCUUUUUCUGAGAGAAACCUUUUAUUUCCAGCAGACACAGUUUUGUUCGUCAGCUUUAUGUUGUAAUAAAGUUUUGUAGAACAGAACAAAGAAUAAAUCGUUCUCUUAUUUUACCCAUA